CAUUGCAUGAAUGCUACAGGUAGUGGAGAGGAGCAAACAGAGAAAGUGAAGAUAAAACAACGUGCAAAGGCCACAAUGGUGAUAUCAGAGCACCGUUCAGUAAUCAGAUAACAGCAGCGAAGAGACUGGUGCUGAGUCUCAUGGGGGUGAGCCGGACCUGAGGCGAGCAGUGACAGAGAGCGGCUGAAGGUCUCUCCCGCCCACCAUGGUGGACCACCUUGUCGCAGCCGGAGAGAGCUUCCUGCAGACGUGCUGCCCGCUGGGGCGCCUGGGCGGGAUGGUGGUGGAACGCGGUGCCUACCAGAUGCUGCCCUCGCCCGUGUCGGAGGAAGAGAGUGACUGCUGCAGUUCCUGCUCGUGCUCCAGUCCCGAGACAGGGCGUGCCGGGCCCUGGGCCGUGGGCAACCAGGACGGCAUCAUGGACUACCUCCUGUCGCAGGCGGGCCACGGGGGCAGAGCGGAGAGGGAGGAGCCGGGGUUAUUCCAGCCCACCCUGGAGGAGAUAGAGGAGUUCCUGGAGGAGAACAUGGGGAUGGAGUUGACGGAGGGGGGAUGGGGCGGGUUGGGGGGGCCACAGGUUGCUGGGGAGGGGCCCCACCGCCUGGUGGAGGGGAAGGGUCCGACCAAGCCCGCUGCACUGGGGCUGAGGGGUGGGCAGGAGGGUAGGGUGGGCGAGGUCGUACUGACAGGGACGGGAUCUGACCCCGACCCCCUUGGGGUUCAAGUGCAGGGGGGGCAGGAGCCCAGCCCUCAGCCGCGGGGGGGGCAACUGAAGGUGACCCAACUCCUGGUCAAUAUCCAGGGCCAGACCUUUGCCCUGGUGCCCCACCUCCUGCCCCCGUCCCGGCCCCUCGCCCGUAUCGCCCCCGUGCCCAUCGCCGCCAAGCCUGCACCUGGCGGGGGCGAGGCAUGCACGGGUGCAGCCACCGCCGUCCUGGGCCAGAGGCUGCAGCGGGGUGACACGACGCAGCUGCUGAAGAUGCAUCGCUGCACGUUUCCCGGAUGCACCAAGAUGUACACCAAGAGCAGCCACCUGAAGGCCCACCUGCGGAGGCACACCGGCGAGAAACCAUUUGCAUGCACCUGGCCCGAGUGUGGAUGGAGGUUCUCCAGGUCCGACGAGCUGUCCCGUCACCGACGUUCCCACUCGGGGGUGAAGCCAUACCAGUGCCCAGUCUGUGAGAAGAGGUUUGCCCGCAGUGACCACCUGUCCAAGCACGUCAAGGUUCACCGCUUCCCCAGGGCCAGCCGCGCUGCACGCCCGCUCAACUGACCACUGCUCCGGCGGCACUGACUGGGCAUGGGCUUGCCUGCCACGGGGAGGCCCAGACACCUCCGAGGUCCAGCUCUGGGGCAGAGUUUGUGGCAGCCUCUGAUCUGGGUCUGGCAACUCCGCCACUGUCCGGCCAGUGCCGACAGCGAGGGCUUCUCCACCGACCAUGACCAACCCAAGGUGGUCAUCCCAACCAAGGCCUGGCCUGGCCUCCAACAAAUGUGGACAACCAACCUUCUCUGGCAGGUGGCAAGUGGAAGGGACGCACUCUUCUUUGUAUAGUUUUCUUCAAGGCAGGAGAUCUGGACCUCGCCUUAAAUGGAGCAUGAACCUGAGGCCCUGCCUCAUGACCGGGCCUGUGGGCCUGGGGAUUCCCACUGGACUCCAGCGCGCCUCACCUCCAAUAUGCAAACAGCAGCAGGAACAGUCGCAGUUUGUGUUUUAUUGAAAUCAAAUUUCUAGUGACCAGGACUUUGGGAUGAAUUUGUCAAGAUCUUUUGGAGACCUGGGAGUACUGUGCUCAGUUCUGGUCACUCUGCUAUGAAAGAUGGAAAGAGCAAAGAGAGGAUUGACAAGGAAAUUGCUGGGACUACAGGGAGAGCUACAGGGAGAGAUUGGGCAGGCACGGAUUGUAUUCCUUGGAGCGCAGGCGGUUGAUGUUAUAGAGGUGUGUAAAAUCAUGAGGGGAAUAGAUG